AGAAGACUCUGUCACAAGUUGAACUUUAAUUCCGGGUAGAUCCUCACACUAGAACAAAACAGGGUUGGUAUUUUGGUUCGAUACCGAGCAUUUGUAUUUUUGUUUUGUUUUAUAGCUAUAGAGUCAGAGAGACCCCAUUUACACUAAAGACGUCCUGCUGUCCGUCCACACCUUGGGCUGCGGCUUGUGUUGCAGCUGUCGUCGCUGGGACUGGACUGACGCAACAUGGCAGCAAGUCGAGGAGCCAGAUGUUUUCUGUCAGCAGCAAGAACGACCAGCGCACGCUGCCAGAGCCGGGGACUCAACUCUGUGACGGGGGAAAAAUCCAGCCGGGUGUCCUCGGUUGUCACCUGCAACCAGCAGGGAUCAGGAAGGAGGGCUGAGGUGUGCAGAGGAGCUCCGGCCGGGGGUGGAGGGGGAUCCUCCUCCCCCCGGCUCAGGGCGCUGUCGGCGGGCUUGGGGCUCUGCGGAGCGGCGCUCCUGCUGCAUCAACACCGCCAGCAAAGGGACACCAGAGACUCUGUAUCCGGGAGGUUUCCUGAUCACAUGUUCCCCACGGCCCAGUGUGCCUCUCCCUUUAAACCGGACAGCCCUCGCUACAAGUACAACUUCAUUGCAGAUGUGGUGGAGAAGUCUACUCCAGCUGUGGUGUACAUUGAGAUCUUAGGAAGACAUCCAUUUUCAGGGAGAGAAGUUCCUGUGUCAAAUGGCUCUGGCUUCAUCGUCAGCAGUGACGGGCUCAUCAUCACCAAUGCUCAUGUUGUGGCCAACAAAAGAGGCGUGCGUGUGAAGCUUACCAAUGGAGACGUGCAUCACGCUACUGUGCAGGAUAUCGAUCCUGAAGCGGACAUCGCCACUAUUAAAAUAAAUGCAAAGAACCCUUUACCCACGCUGACACUGGGCCGGUCAUCUGAUGUCCGACAAGGAGAGUUUGUGGUUGCCAUGGGAAGUCCGUUCGCGCUGCGAAAUACAAUCACGUCAGGGAUCGUCAGCUCAGUGCAGAGAGCCAGUAAAGAGCUGGGUCUGUCCAAGUCCAACAUGGAUUACAUACAGACAGAUGCAGCCAUUGAUUUUGGGAACUCUGGAGGUCCACUGAUCAAUCUGGAUGGGGAAGUCAUCGGUAUCAACACCAUGAAGGUCACUGCAGGGAUUUCCUUUGCAAUACCAGCUGAUAGGGUGAGACUUUUCCUCGAUCAAGCAACAAAAAGAAAGCAAUCUCGGCUCAGUGAGUCAAAGCCUCGCUACAUUGGAGUGAUGAUGCUGACGCUGACACAAAGCAUCAUUGCUGAGCUGCAGUUGAGGGACCCAUCGUUUCCAAAAGUGACACAUGGCGUCUUGAUUCACCGAGUCACCGUGGGAUCCCCUGCCGACAGGGCCGGCAUGCUACCAGGGGACAUUGUGGUGGAGAUAAACGGAGUGAAGGUGAACAGCUCUGAGGAGAUCUACAAGGCUGUCCGCAGCAGUGAGAUCAUCACCAUGGUGGUGCAUCGAGGGAAUUCGAUGCUGCGAUUGCGAGUGACUCCCGAACACAUAGAAUAACGCUGGCUCCUCCAACCUCCUCGAACACGCUUUAGAUAAAGACCAAAACAGCUGAUCUUAAUGGCGACUGGUCAAGUGAAAGUAUUUGGGACUCUUGUUCAUUGUAAGGUUUGUCAGUGCAAAAGAUGCUGCAACUACAAUGACUGCUACUGUAAAGUUUAAAUGUGGUUAUAGCCAUAUUUUUUUACUAGUGUCUCAAACUGUAAGUGGUUGUCUUAACUUGGAAAGUACAUCAUGAGCUGGAAGAAUUGCCUGCCAUUUUUGUGCCCAAGUGUCUCAGCUCUCUACCUCCUACAUGCAUUAUUUGUUAAAUAAAGUUAAUGUGGCCCGAAACAGUUCACUUUAUUUAAGCCAUUUAUUGUUAAACAGCAAAACAAAGCAGGAUAGACUCAAUGGUAUGGCAGGAGCAAUGGUAUUAAACUGGCUACCAUCACAGUAAGUGAGCAAGAAAGCCUGACAAGUCACUAAUGCUACAAUGAUGAUUGUUUAAGUAAAAUAUGAAGAUCCCACUUAUUUAAACUGACUGUUUUUAAGUAUGCCACAAACAGUAAUGACCAAGAACAUGGAUUUACUUCGUGUAAAAGAACAAUGCCGAUCCUGCACAAAAGAAGUAAAUUCAAAUGAAGAUAUAAUUUGCAGAUUCACUGGACAGUGAAGCCAGACUGAGUAAAUUCAAAUUUCCCUGGUAUAAGUACAGUAACACACACACUGAAAUAAAGUGACGUACUGGACUGCUACACAAUUAAAUGUAUUAUAUCAGAGACAGCUAUAACAUGAGAACAUUCAAACCACUUUAGGUUUAAACAACAUAUUCAUACUUCUGGACUAAAGACAUCUGUUAGGUACGAGUACUACAACAUACAAGUAUGGGAGGAAAAAUAAAAUUGUUCAUAUUCCAUUAAAACUACUUUUAAAAAGGCUUAAUAUAUAUUGCUGGUAAUAUUUUUUUCUUUAAGAAAAUAUAAAUUGUGCGACUGAAGCUUACAAUACACUGCUGGCAGUAGCGCCAGGUUCUAUGGUGACCUGCAGGAGAAGGUCAUCUAUCAAGGCGCUGUGUGCUGAAAGUCUCCCCAGAGGAGAGAGGGGAAAGACAAAGACAAAAAAAAACAAAAUAAUAGUAAUAAUAAAAUCACAACUGGACAUCUCAUGAUGUCUGAAUCCCUUGCACCAAAAACCAAGAUGCUGCUAUGGCGUUUGUCACGGUGGAAUGCUGCAAAUUUCACUUGAUGUGCACAAACAGCAGCCAAACUAAGGUCAAAUCAUACGGAUACAUAAAUAAGGGCAGCGGGGUGUG